AGCCUAUAUUAAUUUGCUCUUCAUAUUUGAAGAAGACAUACAGUUUUUUCUUGCUGAAUUCUCUCAUCUUGUGAUCAAAUGGCGAGCGAGGAAGUCGUGGUGGUUGGAGGGGAGAGAGCCGGAGCUGAGAUCGUGUACGGAGCGGAGGAGUGUUACAAGAACUCGGUGGAGCUUCUAGAGGAGCUAGGAUUUCCAAAAGGUGUGAUGCCUUUGAAGAAUCUCGUGGAGUGUGGAAGAGUUAGAGCCACGGGUUUCGUGUGGAUGAAGCAAAACACUCCUUACGAACAUUUUUUCGAAGCCACCAACACUCGCGUUUCGUACGCUCUAGAGGUCACCGCAUAUGUCGACAAGGGUUGUAUGAAGAAGAUGACAGGGGUGAAGAGUAAGCAGAUGUUUAUGUGGGUACCGAUUGUGGAGAUGAGUAUGGAGGAGUCAAAGAGCAAGAAGAUCUACUUCAAGACUCCUAUGGGACUCGGCAAGUCUUUUCAUGUGACUGCAUUCAUGGACGAGGAAGAGAAACGCAACUUUUACUUGGAGAAUCCCAAAAAAUAAAAACAUUGAAUUAUGAUUAUUAUAUUUCCGGUUGCUUUUGUUUUGUUUCUGUUUUCGCUCUUAUCAGGUUGCUUUUCUAUGCCAUUACUAAAAAAAUUAUGUUGACAAUUAUGAAUUAAUGAAGUAAAAUUCGUAUGUGAUGCAA